AUGUUGAUCCACGCUCCCUAUGGCGGCAAGGAGGCCCGCCUUGGCACCUGGAAGGCGCUCGUCGAAGCCCAGAAGGCCGGGAAGAUUCGCUCGCUGGGUGUGUCCAACUUUGGCAUCAAGCAACUCGAGGAGCUGGAGGACUACAUCAAGAACGGAGGUGGCGGUCAGAUCACUGUCGGCCAGUACGAGAUCCACCCCUGGUGCCCGCGCGAAGAAAUUGCCGAGUGGUUGCGCAAGCGCAAUAUCAUUGUUGAGGCCUACUCGCCCCUUGUACAGGCGACCCGCAUGAAGGAGCCUGUUCUGCAGACUCUCGCCCAGAAGCACAGCAAGACCCCAGCUCAGAUCCUAGUCCGCUGGAGCUUGCAGAAGGGAUACGUGCCCUUGCCCAAGUCGGUGACUGAGUCCCGCAUCUUGGAGAACUCGCAGGUGUUUGAUUUCAAGUUGUCGGAUGAGGACAUGGCGAGCCUAACGCUCGACGAGUAUGCGCCCGUGUGCUGGGAUCCGGUUCGAGACUGCAAGAUCUAA